CCUGGGGAAUAUGAAGGGAGUGACCCCGGUUAAGAUGCCAGACCAUGGCCAACUGGUUUGAGGUUAGGGCUGUACAGAACCAGGAAGUGUGACUCAGCCCAGGACCAGCACCCCCCCACCGCCCGCCACUUCUCUAACCAUUCCAGCCUCCUUCUCUGUCCCAGAACAAGAGCCCUCCCAGCCAGGCCCACCUACCUAACCUGGCCCAGGGCACAGCUGACACUUUAAGGCAGCCCUGUGUGGCUCAGCCCUUUCCACAGUGGGGGGACCCCAAAGAAGGCGCAAGUGACCCAAGGGGAAGGACUGGAGCAAGGCAGGAGGAGGCAGCAGGACCUCGGCCCUCAACUGCUCCCUCCUGCCCUGAGGCUAUGGGAGUAAAUCCAGGAAGAUGAGAAACUGCCAGACUGGGUGUCAGGCCAUGGGGAGAGCAGCUCCCCCAUUUCCAAGGUAAGGCUGCCCUGCAGAGCAAACCUCAGAGGCACCCUGGCAUGCCCUGAGCCCAGCCGAGGGAGGGGCCAGCCCUUUAUAGGCAUGGGGCUGCUUCCCGUUAACACACCCUCUGUCUCUUCCCCCUCGUACCUGCAGGUUUGGCUAAUGAGGGCCUGUCACCAGGCCCCAGGACUGAGUCACCCACACUAGAGACAGGUCUCUCUUCCUUCCCCAACAACUGUUCCACAUGCCUGCCUUUCAAUUAAUACCCACCCUCCUGGGGCCCCUCCCUCACAGACACUUGGGGGCCUAAGGGGGUUAGGGCCCCAGGCAGAGAGGCUGCAGGGGGAAAAGGAAGCAACAGUGGUGACGCACAAAGCAGGGCUGCCCCCAGAGAGUCCUCAGGGGAAUCCGAAGCUCCCCAGUGCCCGGGGGUGUUGGCCACCGCUGGCCCAAUCCCAGCCCUCGGAUGCUGCAAUUACCUAAGAGCAUGAAACCUGGCUUCCCACCUGACUGAGUCACCUGAAAACAACAAUCCCCACUGCCACACACCGGCACAAACAGCCAAGCCACUCAUCAGAGUCCGGGCGCUGCGGCGGAGAGGCCAAGUUCAGGGGACGGGAAGGCAAGGUGAGCUCGGGCCCACCCAGAGCGGCGGCCCCCAGGGAAGCAGCCCAGGCCGCUCCAGCACCGCGACAACCAUCAUUGGCACCUCAGAUGGGGCUGCCCGCACUGCGACUCCAGUAAGUGCUGCUUCUUCCUCCUGGGGUUUUUCCCCACUGUCCGAUCAAGUAACCAGGCCAAGCCUAUCCCUCUGGGAAACUCCUGUUGCCAGGAACUCCCACCCCUCAGCUCUCCCAGACAAAAGCACCCUCGUCCCUGGACCUCUUGCUGCCGCCCAAGAUGCUGGCCAAAAGUCUGUGCUUCUAGCCAGGGCUGUCCCCACGCUCUAGCCACUCACUGCUCCAGCAGGGACCCCAUGGUGACUAGCUACUCUUGAACUGGGCUGCUUGUCUGCUGGCUCCCCUGCAUGCCAUGGAGACCUGGCGGAAAGGCUCCUUCCGCAAUGCCUCCUUCUUCAAGCGACUGAGCCUGGGGCGGCCACGGCGACUCCGGCGACAGGGCAGCGUGCUCAGCCAGGCGAGUACAGCUGGCGGGGACCAUGAGGAGUACAGCAACCGAGAAGUCAUCCGGGAGUUGCGAGGGCGGCCAGAUGGCCGGCGCCUGCCUCUGUGGGGGGACGAGCAGCCCCGGGCCACCCUGCUGGCCCCGCCCAAGCCUCCCCGCCUCUACCGAGAGAGCUCCAGCUGCCCCAACAUCCUGGAGCCCCCGCCCGCCUACCACACGGCCUACUCGGCCACCCUGCCUUCUGCGCUCUCACUGGCAGGCGCCCUCCACCACUACUCUGACAAUGACCUUCUGGACACUCCCCCCUUCCAGGGGACACCUGCUCCAGACCUCAGUGAUCCCUUCUUCUCCUUCAAAGUGGACCUGGGGAUUUCACUUCUUGAGGAAGUUCUACAGAUGCUGAGGGAGCAAUUUCCGAGUGAACCUAGCUUCUGAAUGGGGUGCGGGUGGGCAGAGGUGGGGUCACUGGAAGAGCCGGAAGCCUGGAAGGAGGGUACAGCUGCAGAUUCAGGAGAAUUAGGAAGAGAAAUCCAGGGUCAUGCCUGCCCUCCAGGUCCUGAAGUCCUCCACAUCACCUGGGAGCAGAGGCACAGAGGCAAGCUGGAAGUGCUGUGAGGGGGCACUUGGUGGCAGAAGCCCUGAAGGCAGUUGGCUGGGCUGGGCAAGGGAGGCCACGCCUGUAACCACAGGGACGGGGCAGAGGCCAGCAGAGGGGGAGGACAGCACAAAGGGUGAGUCCAGGGGAGUGGAGGACAUGCAGACUGCGCGGGUCAGACAGGUGUCCUGCACCGGCCCCUUAGAACCCACUGUUAACAGAGAGGCAUCACAGGAUAGGGCAAGGCAAAAUGGGUCCCAUCCACUAACUGUGUGUGGCUGUUCAAAUUGAAAUUAAGUAAAAUUAAGAAUUUAGUUCCAUGGCUGCACUAGCCACAUUUCACAUGUUCAGCAGCCACACGUGAUGAAUGGCUACCACUUUGGACAGUGCUGGCUGAACAUGAACAUCACUGGAGAAAGCCCUAGCAGGCAGCUUGGGUCUAGGCCAUGGCCUGGAGCCAUGAGUGCACAGUGGGGUAAGGGGAUAAACAGGACCUGCAGGGAAGGGGAGGGACUGGCAGAGUAAAAAAAGAGAGGCAGGUAGAGGUGCACAGUACAACUCAGGGGGAAGGGCAAACAAAUCACUUGCCAAAAAUGGACAAGACAAGCCGCCCAGGCAGCUGUCCAGAGCACGCCUGGUGCCCAAGGAAGGAGGCUAUAGGGAAUGGCAGCCAAAGGCACAGGCACAGCCUGCAAAGGGGUGCUUGGGGCAGUUCCCAGAAUUUUAGUGAUGGGAACCCUUGGGAAAUGUAGCGGGAACAGUGGCAGAUUUCCCUUUCUGCCCCAAGAGCAUAGGAGAACUGGAUCGGGAAUGGACACGAAGCCUGUGGCUGUUACUGUGAAGCAGCUCAAGAGGUCUCCAGAAUCCUCCACCAGGAUUGAGGAGCUCUGCCUUGCCCAACCCCCCUGACGAUGGGGGCCUGCUACCCAGGGCCGGCCCACUGGUCAAGGCCAAGGGCUGUGCUACUGCCCCCGUCUCAUGGCCUGGCCAGAAGACUUGCAACCAGAACUCAGACUGGCUGGCCACGUGGUUCUGACACCACAGGCCUCUCCAAGCCUGGCAGAGAGGGAGAGGAAGCUUCGACGCACACGGCUUCCAUACCUAUACCGACAGCCUCCCUCUUCCCUCCUCUGUGCGGACUUGCGGAGUUCAAAGGCUCCCCUCUGGAUGCAGGAGAAAAUGAAUAAAGUCCUUUGUAACAUGGCC